GACGGGGCUGGGUUUGUGGUUUGUUUGAAAGCACGGUCGCAGGGUUACCGCAGGUUUCUCAUCGCUGAUGCCGAGGGGAUUGUCGACGGAAAGUGCAUCGAUAUGCGAGAAAACGAUCUGCCCAUCGCCGGAGGAGCUGAGCGUGAUAACCGACAAUGUCAAAUGCGAGCAGUGUGGGCUCGUUUUCACAAACGAGUCACGCUAUCGACUGCACGAUCUCAAAGUUCAUCAGCGCAAGAAGCUGGAUAAGAUCACGAAGGAGAAUGUGCGUUAUCACUGCCCGGUGCAGUCGUGCGUCUACGCCGUCAAUUCUCAGAGAUACUUCAGCACUAUGAAGUACCUGAAGCAACAUUAUUUGAAAGUGCACGCCGAGAAGAAUUAUCCUUGUAAUCAUUGCAGUAAGAGUUUCUCCACGAAAUCUGCCAAGGAGGGACACAUGAGAGUCUGCGGUGUAGAGUUCACGUGCACCUGCUCAAAGACUUACACUACGUAUGAAGCAUUGCUUACACAUGCAAAGCGAUCGUCACAUGCUAUAACGAAGAAAAAUCAAAAUUCUUUGAAGCAUACCAAUUCCAUGACAAUACGGAUUGUUUUACCGACUAGCAUUGCAAAGAAACCUCUCACAAUACUUCCUAAUCUAGAUAAGUCAGAGAAAAGUAACGAAAGCACUAGCACUGUGAUAAACAAUACAUGUGACGUUGGUGUGCAGACGGAUGAUUGCAGAAAAAGUAAAAAGAUAUUGAACCUCAACAACAACAACAACAAUCUGCACUGCAGCGCGAGACGUCGAAUGUCCAAGCAAACGCAGACGAGCAGCUUCUCGAAUAAGAAGAGCUUGAAAAAAUCCAUGGAGACGCAAACGAUGCAAGUGCCGCGAGCGAUCAGAGACUCGAAGGCGCAUAAACGCGUGGGAAGCUGUCGCGCGCUAUCGAAACAAUCGGAGCACGCGUUGCUCAAGGAGGAUCUCAAUCUCGGCGACAAUUUCGCGUCGACCAAUUUAUUCCCGGCCAGUCCGCUGCCACUUCGUCACGACGUAGGUCUGCAGGACUUCUGGGAGAAGAACACUUCCGGCACGCAGACGAUACCUGAGAAAGACAUGUUUGAGGCGUUCAACGACAGCGUGACGCAGACAGAAUUCGACACGUUCUACGGACACAGCCACAAUCCUAAUCAGUGCGUGCCGAAGAACUCGGUGGCGUUGAUGACGUUGCCGUACGCGGAAGACACAUCGGCGGGCGUCGGUGGAUAUUCUUACGGUUCGACGGACGGCAUGUCCGUGGCGGAUCCCAUGCUGACCGCCGCCAAGACGUUCGACGACAGAUUCAGCAGCAUUGAAACGCAAACCGAGCAAGCGUUUUCACCGUCGUACUUCUACCCCGAAUCACUGUCGAGGUCGUUCGCGUUGAGCUCGAAUAUCGAAACGCAGACCACGAGCGAUUUGGACAAUAUGGAACAACUGCUGUACAGCAACACGUACACGCAGACCUGCAACGAGAUGCUGUCUUCCGAAUUGGGACUGUCGAACAUACAGACGCAGACUGCCUGGUCACACGACGACACCACAGUUUCCACCGAGACUCAAACGAAGUUCGAGAUCUGCGAAACCGGUUGCAACAUAUCCAUGGGAUCCUGCAGAUCCUGGCUCAACACACAGAUUAGUCACACUGAAACGCAAACCGAUCUGCUUAGCUUUUUCGAAGAACUUCGAUGAGUUAAGUAUGCCUUUUAGGGUAUUUGGAAGAAUUUAAAACUGAAAUUUUCAAAGAACUUUUUUCUGUCUAAAAAAAUUAGGGAACUUAUCUUUUUCAAACUUAACAUUUGAUACUUGAAUGACUCUAUAAUUCUUUCUUCAUGAAUACGAGCACACACUGAGAAGCUUGUAUCACUUUUGCCUAAAAAUUUAAUCGAAAAUAUUCUUUAAAAAAUUAAAGAAUUUUCAGAGAUUUUUCUAAAAUUUAAAUAGACACUUUUCUAUUGUCGUAAACGUUCGCCAAUCAAUUCUCGUCAUACCUGCUUUAUGUUUAAUUUCGAUUUUUAGUGCGUAUUUUGAUCCACACUAUAUUUUCCAAUGCUUGUAUCAUGAACACAGAGUUAUUUUUCAACAGUUUGGUAAUUCAUUAAUUUAUUGUGUUUUACACGAUAUUCACGAUCUUUUAUUUCGCAUUUUUUAUCCAUCAUUCCGCUACAAUACGUUAAAAAAAUAUCCAUUUCAAAUUUAUGGUAGAAUCGAAAAGUGCCUGAUUUCUGGACAUCUUUUAAUGAUCGAACACUCAAACUACUCGUGUCACUUAACUUUUUCAUUUGAGGCUUAUAACUAUUUGAAGUGUCAAGUAAAAAAGUUGACAGCGAGCACCACGACCAUUUGCCAAAUGUGGUUCUAUAUAUGUAUACCUGCAUAUAUGUACAUAUAUACGUGUGCGUAUUGUUUCUUUAAUUUUUUCCAAUACCAAAGUUUUUAUAUACACAUAUCGCACACGUUGGAGCGUAAUCUGGCGUAUACCUGCACAUCCAAUAUCGAAAAUAAGUAUUGCACUGGCGAUAUAUACACAUUGUCAUGAUGCACUUAGCAAUAAAAUUAUGGACUGGAAAUCGGACUAAAUGUACAUCUGUUUCAUAUCUCUAUUUAAAGCCUCGUGUGUACAUGUCGUAUACGCGGUAAAAGGGUCAGUAUUUCUUUCGUUAAAAAUAUAUUUUGUUUUACAUCACAUGCUGUACUUGCGCGCGGUGUACGCGAGCGAUUGCUUUUAACGUCUGUAUCGGUCGUGCGACAACGUCACGUGAUAUUCCGAGUACUUUUUGAAUCCACAUUUCUCGUCCACGUACAAUAUACAACUAAGAAAAUAUAUUCCUUUUAAUUGAGGAAAGUCGCAAUUACGUCAUCGGAGAUGCAUCUCUGUACGGUGCGUUGAAUAGAUUUUACAAACUGUUCACAAACAGAAAUACAAAAAUAUAACGAAUACUUCAUAAA